UGCCUGGUCGUCUUCGUCCACCUCAUCACCAUCUUCAUCGCGAUCACCGGCUUCUGCGUCAUUUUGCCGUAUGAGCAAAGCGUAAUCAGCCCCUGUGGCUUCGGGCCAUCUACUCUGGUGCUGGGCGUCUACUUCCUCAUCAACAUCAUCAUGUACCACUACACGAAGGCCCGGCUGCUGCCACCGCUGCCGGGAUUUGGGGUUGGCAUAAGU